AUGCUUCUUUAUUCGAUAACGUUCAUCUUGUUCUUUACUGGGGUAUUCGCUAACAAUUUUGGCCCACCAUGUCUUCCUACGCGAAUCAACUACAAGCUGCACUAUCCGUGCUUCGAUAGCUCUGAGCAAGAUGAAUUCGAUGACCAAGCAGCUCGUCUCAGAGGAGAACCAUCCAAGUUCGCUCGGACUGGUUUUUACGAUCGAUUAUUCAAAGUGGGAAACACGAGAGCAUGGCAAGGACCGACGUAUAUCUACCAGCCGACCUACGGUUAUAAUCCAAACCUUCCACAAAAUGGGCCAUAUAUGUUCCGAUACAGCAAUUUCUUCACUAAAUCGUUCGAGUAG